AACUGCCAUUAACACUGAGAAAGAUUGUUUCAAUCCUUCUUGACAGCUCAGAACAGUCAAGAGUCCACAGCAUCAGAUUUAAAGUCAGGUCACCUGUAGUUUCUUGAUUUCUCUCUGAACCACGGUCAUGGACCUGCAGACUAAGACUGACCAGCCAAUGAGGCUGGAUGAAGCACCUCUGAAGGAAACCAUAAACACCCUGCAGGACAUGCUGUGUCAGGCCAUUGCUGAAAUCAAGACCCUGCAGGCUGAAAAUGGCUGUCUGCGACAGGAAGUGGAUGAGCUGAGGCAGGGGCAGGAGGAGCUAAAAAGAACCAAGGACCUCCUCAAGAAGGAAACCAAGAAAUCGGUAAGGAGGACCUACGCCUACAUCGACUCACUGUCUGAGAACGCCAAACUGGUGAAUGACCUGAAGACCAAAGAGACAGAGUGGAAACAGCGGCUGGAAGGGGCUGAGGAGGCCACGAAGAUGAUGUUAGAGGAGAAGGACAACAUGUGGCAGACAGAGGUGCAGGAGCUGCACAGGGAGAACAAGCUAAGUCUGGAGAGCUGGCUGAAAAAGGAGGAGCAGUGGAAGCUCCAAGAGAAAUAUACUGAGGAGAAGAUCAAAAUCCUCAGCCAGCAAGUCCUGUCCUUGCAGAUAUUUACCACCAAACCACAGAACAAGAAUCAGAAUCAAAGAAUCAGGGAGGCACCGAUGGAGCUCGGAGAGGAGGAGAAGAAAAAGAAAGUGGAGAUGUGGUGGAGAGAUGGAAAUGAGAAGAAACCAGCAUGCAAACCUGUCUUCAGCACUUUUCCUUUUAGUACAGCACAAUAACAGCAUUCAAUAACAGUAUAAAUUAAAAUGGAAACUUAAU